AUGGGUACUAUUGGUGGUACAAAGAAUUUGUAUUUAUAUAAAGAUUUUGAGCUGAUUCUGAGCGGGGACGUUGGGUAUUUUCCUUGAUAAUUUUUAUUUUUUUAUAAAAAUUUUGUUUAAAAAAUUUUAUUUUUUAUUUUUAUUUUCUAAUUCUCCCUACUUUUCUCUUUACCUCUUACUAUGGCUUUUUUGUCUUCCUUAUUUUUUAAAAGUUUUUUAUUAUAAUAUUUUUCUUUUACCCUGCCCAAUUAAUAAUGUUUUUAAUUAAUAAAUUUUUAUUUUUAAAUUGUUUUAAUAAAUCUAUAAAUAUCGUAUUUUACCUUUAAUUAUUUUCAGAGCGUUCGGCGACUCAGCCCUGAAACGCGGCGGCUACAUCACGGCCCAACCGGACAUUCGAACGAUCGACUUGGCCGCGCGACCGUUGCGCUACGUGAUUCUGGCGACGGACGGCUUCUGGGACGUGUGCUCCAAUAUCGACGCCGUCAACGAGGUUAACUAUCAGUUGGCGAAGCAGCAGAAGGAGCAGGAGCCCAACAGUUUGUUUUGUGAUAGUACUGUAGGCGCUGCUGCUACAGUAGGAGGUGAUAGUGUGGUGUCAUCGGGCUCUACGGUUGAAACUACUGUACCAUUGGGCUCUACGGUAGAGAAUACUGUAGCUUCUAAUACCAAAGGAGUUUCUGAUACUACUAAGACUUCUAAUUCUACAGUAUCAACUGGUUCUAGAGUACCAUUUGGAUCUACAGUACCUACUACCGUACAAUCAAGAACAGAAUCAGAAAGUGAUACUGAAGACUGGUCAAACAUCAGUGAUUCUGACGAACUUUUAGAAGCCGAGGAUUCUGAGGAAGAAACUGAGGAAAAUCCUAGUGUAACAUCGACAAAAGAUACUGUAACAGCAAAAGACAAAGUUACAGCUAACUCAAAAGAGAAAGACAUUGCAAAAGUAGAAGACGACAGUGAUACCAGCACGGACACAGUAAAUAUUGGCAAAGACAAGGUCAUUGUGAAUAUCCAGGUCAAUAACAAGGCUAGGAAAGCUUCAGGUAAGCCUAGUUUUCUACGAAUUUGACAGCUUUAGGGAUUCGUUUUUCUGGCUUUUUGUAGGGUUUUGCAAAAAUGUCACAUAUUAUGUUAGAUUUUGGCAGUUUUGCAAAAUAUUAUAUUGUAUACGAAAAAGGUGAUCAUAAGAGAGGGGUAUGAGGGGUCAUUAAAAACUUUUUUUAUAAACAAGGUUGAGGAUGUCAGUCUAAUCUUUUUGGAAAUUGGUUUUGAACUUAAAAAAACACUUUUACCUCUCUGUUAGGCCUAAAUAACCCUUUGAGUUUGAACUUGAGCCCGAGCCUUGGCUUGAGCAUGAGUCUAAUUUCGAGUCAAAGCUUCAUCCUGAGCUUAAGCAUGUGCCUGAGCCUUAGUUCGAGCUUGAGCCUGAGCAUGAGUUUGAACUUGCGUUUGAGCAUGAGUCUGAGUUUGACCAUGAGCCUCAGCCUGAGGUUGAGCCUUUCUCUACUUUACUUUGAACUUUUUAUAUUAUACUUAACCCUAAAGAUCUAACUUUAAGCCUAAAUUUUCAACUUUAUUUUUCAGUGGUAACCUUACUGUCGGAUCUACAAGACGUUCAACCUCAGAACACGCUUGAAGUUCCAGUAGCCGCUCGUCGACCAUCUUCAUGUUUUGGAGACUUUAACGUCGCCGAACAUUUGGUACGAUUGGCCGUGAGUCGGCGCACAUCGGACAACGUUUCUGUCUUUGUCAUACGAUUGGACAAGUUUUGAAAGUACUGUAGGUGUACUACGGUAUUUCAAGGUUACUGUAAUUUCUUGAAAAUUACGGUAGCUACAAAUUACUGUAAUUUUGGCCUACCAUAACAUACACCAUUCUAUGAACAUUCCAAGUAUUUUUACUUUUAUUACAAGCUUUACAUAGUAUUUACUUUACCUACCGUAUUCCUACCAUAACACAACUCAUUGUACCUUCAAGCUACUGUAACUAAACUUACCGUAUCCAAUCUCAUCGUGAAUCAGCCGUAACUUAUCUACUAUAGCGUUACCAUGUCGGGUAUAUGUGCGUAUCUCCAGUCGAUGGACGGUCGAUUACAUUCGGCCGAAGACUGGAAUCGCACCGUGCUCACGGCCGAAGCCCAGAUGUCGGUAUCACGGUUGAAUCGUAUUACAUACGGCUACAUUGCUCCGGUUAUCAUUGCAGUUGGAGUGAUUGGAGAUAUAUUAACAGUAGCUACGUUAACACAUCCUUUACUGAGGAGGAGCUCCACCAUCUACACAUAUCUAACGUUGCUGGCUAUGACUGAUCUGGUAAGAACAUUGGUUUUUGAGAGGGUAGGGUAUGGUAGAAGAAGAUAAAGCAAUAUAAGAUAAGGUAGGACAUUGUAGGAUAGGGUAUGGUAGAUACAGGUAAGGUAUGGUAGGGUAAUAAAACGUAAAGUAAAGGUAUGGGAAAGUCGAGUCACUGUAAAGUAUUGAAUAAUUUACUUUCAAUUUUCAGUUCACCCAUGUGUCAGUAAUACCGAUGUUACUAUGGAUUUUGGACUUUCGGUUAUGUUCAAAGUCAUCUGCUUUUUACUACGCUCAUAUUGGCUUUCCUUUGGUAAGUUUUGAAAAAAAAAAAUUUUUUUUCGUAACCUUUUAACUCCGUAUUUUACAAAAAAAUUAAUUUAGGUAACAAAACUCAAGUUUAAAAAAUGUUUAGGUAAUAAAAGUCUAGUAUAAAUUUUUUUAAAUUUUAGGCCAACGCCCUAAUGGGAGCCUCAGUAUGGAUUGUGGUAUUCCUAACCUUUAGCCAAUAUAUGGCAGUGUGUCAGCCAUUUCGACAGGGAUUUUUGAGGACAAGAAAAAUGUCAUUUAUAUUAUUUGUUUUGGCAUAUAUCUUCAGUUUCUGCAUUUACGCGCCUUGGGCUACUAAGAAAAGUGUGCAUGAGGUAAGGGUUUUGAAUAUUUUUCAUCCUAUUCGGCUUUACCUUAUCCUAGCCUACCUCAUCCUACACUACCCUGCCCUACUCUACCCUACCCUACUGCACCCUGCUCUACCCUGCGCUACCCUAUCCCUACUCAACAUUACAGUAACUUAUUCUACCCUACAGUAUUAUAGCCUGCCCUAUUCUUUAUUAGUUCGACAUACCCCUGGCGUAUCCUUACCCUAACCCCUACCAUUUCCUUUACCGUAGGCCCUACCAUAUUUAUAUGAACCUUAAUUUUUACCCAAGCCUUUACCGCGCCCCUCUCUCUACGGUAACCUACAAAUUAAAAUUGCCAAGUUGUUCAAAAAAUAAUGAGCCAUGGAUCACACAUAUUAGGUUAUUUCAGAUAAGUUGCAAAAUUUUUUUUUGAUAUGCAUUUUAGUGGCUCAUUACUUUUUGAACAACCUAUUAUUAUGUUGUUUACAUAACCCUGUGCCCUCUCUCAAUGCAAAUUUUUAAUAUUAAGGGGCACAAAAUUAUUCGAACAAGUAUAAUAUGUAUAGAAACUCGCCAAGCCGUAUUUUACAAACCUUUUCAUUUCAGGUGCCAAUAGGCAUGCUACAAUGCAGAUACGUGAUAUGUGACCGCAAAAUUGAGCCAUGGUUUCAAAUCUACGAAUGGAUUCGAGAGUUUCUAACCCGGGUAUUUCCAUUUCUAUUAAUCGCCUACUUCAACACCAUGAUACUGAUCACCUACAGGAGUACGAAGAAGGACAGGAUGAAGCGGCUGGCUUCGUGCAAAACUAGAAAUAUCACUGAGAAGAGCGAGAGGGUAUUUUGAAUUUUUUUCGAAAUUUUAAAACUUUUUGAAAAAAAAUUUUUUGAAAUUUCAAAAUUUCGAAAUUUUCAAAUUAAACUUCAAAUUUCAGGAAGAACGACGCCUGUUCGUCCUCCUCUUUGCCAUUGUGAUAGUCUUCUUCCUAUGCACCAUCCCAGCAGCACCACUGACCAUCUUUGUCGCUGAUUAUCGACUCAAAAACCUCACUUUUCAAAUAAUCCGCGCGGUCGUUAAUCUUCUCGAAUUCACGAAAUUCGCUCUAAACUUCUACUUUUACUGUCUAAUCAACCCGGACAUUCGAAGGAUAUGUCUUCACAUCAUACAGUGUCGAGAGUUGGGGAAGCCAGCGAGAGUCAAGGGACAGCCGGUCAAUCCGAUCAGUGUUUAUGCGAGGUAGGUGGAUAUUGUAGUAGGUAAAAAAGGAUGGAACAGCUAGAAAUAAUAUAUAUAGACUUAUACAUGUUUUAAAAACUUAAAAAUAGGCAUAAUUUCACUAAGAAGACGUUUUGUGCAACCUAAAACAACAUGCAACACUAUGCCAAAAAAGAUAUCUUCAUUUAUGAUUUUCGUUGUGGGACCAAAUCAACCAAGCUUAAAACAGAAAAUUAUUGGUUAUACUACUCAAAAUAGUGCUUUACAUUAUGUAAAUUUAUUUUUACUUUGUAUUUAAUACUUUUAGUCUUGUUUUGGUCUUUCCAAAUCAAAGUUUUUUAAUUUUUGUAAAUUUUUCGACGAGUUUUGGCUUUUUUCGUUAUAUCACAAAAAUCCAUGACAAUAUUUAUAAACACAAUAUUAUGAAACUUAAAGAUUUGUUAUUUCUACACUCGUUUAUCAGUAAUUUUCCUCAUAUUUUAGAUCCAAGUCCACGCUACGAGGCUUCAACGGUACUCCAUUCGGCGCUGGAACACCAUACGAUUCCUCUCGCCGUUCCUCCGGCCGUUGUAUGUUGGACGAGAACCGGAACGCCUCAUCACUGAGUGUGAGAGGUAUUAAUCGAUCUGCUUCGAUGUUAUCCACUGCUUCGCAUCAACAUUAUUACUGUGAAACGCCGUCCGAGUACGAUCAGCUCACCGUGAUUCCGGAAUCCGAAUCCUUUUUCGAUUUGCCGGCAGAACGUGAGCGGGUGACAUCGUUGACCUCACAGUAUGGUAACAACAACAACUCUACGGCGACGGUGAUUAGUACGCUUCCGGGGAAGGACUUGGCGGCGAAUGGUACUGAUUUGGUACCGCCGACGCAGAGACAUAACAACUCGCCGAAUUAUUUGUGUCCGCCGGUGGCGUAG